AUGAAUCUUGACUGUACUGCAAUAGAUGAUGAUGUGCUCUUUGGUGAGGGAACCGCCAUCACUGUACCGCCGUCGCUUCUCACCACCGCACCUGUUCUCGAUAUCGCCAUGCAUCCAUCCCUCCCACUCCUCGCCGCUGGUCUCGUCACUGGUGAGUUGGAAGUACAUGAGUAUCGUGGAAUAGAGACAAAGCGACGGCCAAUCACACAACAAUACUUUAAAACCAGUCAUAAUGAUUUACAGACAAAUCCAUAUAAUCUUCGUAUGCAUCCGAAAGGAGGUAUUUCAUCUAUGGAGUUUACAGAGGAUGGAAACUAUCUCGUAACGGCUAGUAGUGAUCGAACACUUACAGUCUUGGAUUGUGUGGCAGAGCAAAUUGCCCUACAUGUUGGUGUGAAUACCUCAUCAAAAAAAUCAACUUUGAGUAGUAAACCAGAAAAAAAUAAAGAGGAUAAGGUAACAAAAAAAGGAACUAAGAAGAAAAAAGAUAAAAACCCUCACAAGUUUGGUAUAUCUGCUCUUAAUGUUUGUGAUGAGAAUGUGGUGGCUACAGGUGAUGAUGAUGGAAUGAUUGUCCUUUGGGAUAUGCGUCAACGAGCUCCGGCAUUUCGUUAUCAUGAACAUGGUGAUUAUGUUUCUCAGAUGAUUUACUUCUCUGAUAUUCAAGAACUUGUCUCAAGUAGUGGUGACACGUGCCUUGGCGUGUUUGAUCUUCGAGCAGGUAAAAUCCGAGAUUACAGUGAAAAACGAAAAGAUGAAUUAAAUUGUUUUGCAUUUGUAAAUAAUACAGGUAAUAAUACUAGUUCCUUUAUUCCAAGUAUUGUGUGUGGAACACCAAAUGGAGGAAUUCCAGUUUGGAAAUUUGGUUCUUGGCGUCGACCAUAUGAUUUACUUGAAAAACAUCCAGCGGAGUGUGAGAGUAUCAUCUCCUUUAAUAAUCCUGAGAGUACAUUUAAUCAUAAUGUAAUUCUUACAGGGGCGUGUGAUGGUCUUGUUCGUGUUAUUCAAAUGUAUCCUGUGCGUCGUAAUCUCUGUCAACUUAGUGCCAGAGACUUUACAUACUCUCAUCAUAACUCACUUGGUGGGAAAAGCAGUAGUGCACAUGCUAAUGCAGCUAUUCAACGUCAACGAGGAAAUGAAGGAAUCACUCGAAUGCGAUUAAGUCAUGAUUCCGCAAUGCUUGCGGUGUGUGGUACGGAUAAUACUAUUGAUUUUGUAGAUGUUCGUUUCCUAUCUAAUGAACGUGAGUUGGAUCAACUGCGAUCACAAGCAGAGCAGAGACACUUGGCAGUACUGCGGGAAAUGGAAGAAGAACGUGAGAAGGAAGCAAUGAUGGAAGAGUCCGAUAGUGAUAGUGAUGAUGAUGAUGAUAGCAGUGACAGUGAUGCGGGUAAAUCAAAGAAGAAGAGUUUAAAGUCUACAACGAAUGUAGGCAAGUCAGAGAAGAGACUACGAGAAGAUGAUAAUGAUAGUGAUAGCGAUGAGUCCAUGGAAAGCGAGGAAGAAAAGGAAGAAAAAACAGAGCGACAAAAGAAACGUGAACGUGUGGCUGCAGCAAAGUGGCUCAAAGAAGAUAAACGAAAGAAAAUGAGUUUCACUUUUGAAAAGAGACGACGACGUGUUCACGGUUUCUUUGGUGACUUGAACUCAUAA